AUGGAUUCUGAUAUUGCGCGUCCAGCCAGCUGGGCAGCCUCAUUUGUUGCAGAGAAAUGGGCAGUGCUACUCCUAUCGGUCACUCUUGUUGCGCUCAUUGUGGCAACUAUACUACGCUCUCGAAAGGUGUCCCGCAAGCCAUCAAACCAUCCUCCGUUAACGCUCUUCGACAUGCCGCUCGACGUUGUCCUCCGUGUUGGUGACUUUCUUUCCACCGAGGACAAGAUGGUCUUCGCCUUGAGUUGCAAAAGUGCCUUUGUUGCUUUUGGCGACACCCGACACUCCCCCGAGUUCAAGUUCCCCGUGAAGAUAAGCCCCGUCGUCUUCCCGAUGGAACGUAUGCUCCCUUUCACGUCCGGAUAUUGGCAGCUGCUGCGUCGACUCGAAGACUCCCGCUUCCAGUGCUGCUCCGCCUGUCUCAAACUGCAUCCGAUCCGAGAAUUUUCAACAAACGACCUCCAGACAGUCGCAGAGGAGCGCACAUGCGUACUCGGGCCAGGGGCCGGCGUUGUCUAUCUCUGCCCUUGUGUCCAACUGACCUUUCGCGGCGGGAUGAAGCUGGAAGCGACAAUCCGGAGAUUAGCCAGGCAGCGCGAUCCCAUAAUUUUCGAAUUCGGCAAUGAGUCCUUUUACUGGCGCAACUGGCAUAGCUGCCAACAUACCAGUGGAUCAGGAACGCUCCAAAUCGACCUUCUGGCUGUCGUGUGCGGCACUAACGGCUUGAUGAUACGAUCCGUAUAUUCCUUCGAACCAAAUGCCAACAUUACUUUCGAUCCGCUCGCUCGCCCAGACGUGCCAGGUUACUGCUGCCCACACCGCAGCGUUGCAGCCCAUCUUUUGGAUAGCUGGGGCCCGCGAUACGAGUUUAAAACUACUUGCAGAUGGUGCGGGACGUUGAUCGAUACUAUUUCACGCAAGUCCAUUGUAACCGUGAAAUACUUGCGCACCACCGAUCAUCAGCCCAGGAGCCAGUGGUACUAUCAAACCGAUCGUGCGCUCGAGAACUUGGAUGCUGCGGCUCAGUCGUUCCAGUGGCCAGAGAGACCAUGGGGCUUUGGCUCCUGA